GAGUUGGUGUGUGAUAUGAAAUCGAGACAUUCGGAUAUUUCCGUUAAAAGACGCCACGAUUGCCUCGUUCUCGUGCAACGCCGGCUACCACGUGACAGUGAAGAGAUUAUCUUUACAACUAUCAUGGCUUCCGAGCAAGUUGAAGAGCGAGAGGAAAACCGGCAGAGUCCAGACCCUGAGUCAGGUGAAGAGAAUUCUGAAUCGUGUGACACUGUUUCUCCUGAUGCCCUUAUCAAGCACCCAUUGCAAUUCAAAUGGGCUUUAUGGUUUUACAAAAAUGAUAAAACUAAAAAUUGGGUUUCCAACUUGAAAUUAGUGACAACAUUUGAUACUGUUGAAGACUUCUGGUCGUUAUAUAACCAUGUUCAGAGAGCUAGCAAGAUCCCAUAUGGCUGUGAUUAUUCUAUGUUCAAGGACGGAAUCCAGCCAAUGUGGGAAGAUGAGCAGAACCAACGAGGUGGUAGAUGGGUUAUUAAUCUUAACAGGCAACAGAGACCUUCAGAAUUGGAUCAUUUAUGGCAGGAAACGUUACUGUGUCUGAUUGGUGAGGCUUUUGAUGAAAUGAGCUACAUUGUAUGUGGGGCUGUUGUUAGUGUCCGUGCCAAAGGUAACAAAUUGGGGCUGUGGACAAGAGAUGCAGGCAAUGGUGAUGCAAAUAUUAAAAUUGGACAGAAAUUGAAAGAGAGACUUCAUAUACCACAAAAAAUUUCUAUAGGAUACCAGGUGCAUGAAGACACAUCGAAAAAAUCUGGAUCUACAGCUCGUGACCGUUACACUUUAUAGAAAACCAUUGGUGUGUCACAAGUUCUGGUGGCCAGGAUUGGGACACACACAGCCCUAUACACACACACACACAUUCACACCAGUCUUGCAACACUGGUGUUGCUUGGUGUGAAAUGAAUUCUUUGACAAGAAAAUGAAGGGAGUUUUCUUCCCUUUACCUGACCCCCACUCCCAAUUAAAAAAAUACAAAACAAAAAACACACUUUUUUUUUUAAGGAAAAGUUAUUGGCUUUAAACUAUGAAAGGUUUGAUGAAUGAAAGUUGAUGUCAGAUCUGAUUUUGCAGUGUAAGAAAAGAAAGCUACUUGAUUCAGCAUACAUACACUUCAACAACCUACAAGAAGUACUGUUAAACAUUCGCCAUUGUUGGCCUGAAAAGGAUUUAAUGCCUGCUUUCUUUGAUAAUAAAUGGAAGCAAAAAAACUAUUUUGUUGACUCUUAUUCCAUUUUUGAUACAGCAUGCCCCUUUCUAUAAAACAAAUGUAAUUUGAUCCAUGCAUUGGCUUUCCUUUAGCAAUUAUCUGGAGAGAUGAUACAAUGAAGGCUGCUGGUAUCUUGUAUUUUUUUUUUUUUUUUUUUUUUUUGGUAAUAUUUUCAGUUAAAAAAGAAAUGUCUGUAAUUGGUCACAACUGACUUAGCCCAUAAUAAAUAACGGAAUAUAAUGUGGGGGACAUUUACUGUGUUCAGCUUUGAUAAGUCUGAUUAAUAUGGACUCAAUUGAAACGGCUUGUUGAUCACUUGCCAAAUAGUUUACACAAGAACAAUGUCCUCAGGAGAUCUGAGUAAAUAAUUACACUAGCAUUGUUUCUUUUCCUCUUUGUGUGUGUUGGUCAGAGACGAUUCCUUUUUCUCUUUAUAUUUUGAAAUGGUCUGUUUGUAAAAGUAUACACGAGGAUCAGCACUGUUUACAUGUGGUGAGGUGGCAUUGUGAUCUCUUUCUGAGGCAUCAUGGUCAUAGAAAAGAUACUUAUGUCCAUGCUGCAGCAGUCAUUUAUGAGAUUAUCUGGAUUCUGAUGUUCCCAUGCCAUAUUUAUCUAGUUGUUGGGACAAUACAUGAAUAAAAUACUUUAUCUUUAA